GGGUCAGAGUCACGCCUAGACUCGUUCGAAAAGCGAAACCAAAAUCAUUCCACGGCGAUGUACGAAGACUGAUGCUCUUGUCGUGGACUCCCUGAGCAAACGUGCUAUUUUACUCAUUGUAACGGGCUUUAAUAUCCGACAGAGGUAUUUUUAUAAGUAUAAUGUUGUGAUUUAAACCGUCGCUUGUGGUGUUAAGUGUUCCUUACGUUUAAGUGAAAAAUAUACAAAGAAUAUUGUGUGUGGUGCAAUAGUGCUCAAGGCAGUUCCCUUAUCCUGGAUUCUAAAGGAUUGUUGUUUCACCAGCGAAGAGAUAAUCUGUAAAAAGGUCUCGUGUUCCCAGCGCUGUUACCGCACUAUGAGAGUGCGCCUCACAUGCUUAUGAUCUCAAUAUAGAACAAAAUACACAUUUGAAGCCCGCAUCGUACACCACAAUGGCAUUUCUAUGUAUGGGGCGGGCGGGCAGCAGCAGUGCGACGAGUGGGCGGCGGCGCGCGCGGUAGAGUGCCGGCCACAUGCGCCCGCGCCAUGUGGCGCGUGCUGCUGGCCCUGGGGGCCGCGUGCGCCGCCGCGCGCGCCUCGCAGGACGUGGUCCUCACCUUCACCGAUCCUGUGACGGCGCCCUACUCGUUCUUCAAUCAUCUGGCUGUCGACCGCAACACCGGCCGGGUGUACGUUGGCGCCGUCAACAGAAUCUACCAACUCUCGCCCGACCUGGAAGUCGCACAGUCGAUCGUCACGGGCCCCGUCAACGACUCCGCCCUCUGCACCUUCGACUGCCCCUCUAAUUAUGUGAAGAAACCCACGGACAAUGUGAAUAAAGCUUUAGUGAUUGACUACGCGACCAGUCGUCUGAUAACAUGUGGUUCGGUUCUUCAAGGCUUGUGUUCUGUACGAAACUUGAAUAAUAUAUCUCACGAUGUGCGCGAAGUGCGUGAGCCAGUGGUGGCCAACAAUGCGACCGCCUCUACAGUGGCGUUUAUUGCGCCGGGACCGCCGAAUCCUCCGAUGACGCAAGUUAUGUAUGUAGGCGUUACUUUCACAGGCAACUCGCCCUACCGCUCGGAAGUUCCUACUGUUAGCAGUCGCUCUCUCGAAGACGACCGUCUAUUUAUGAUAGCUAGAACGGCAGUUACAACUGGAACGAGAAUGUUUGUCAAUUCACUAUCACGCGAACGCUAUCCCAUAAAUUACGUAUACGGCUUCAAUUCGGAAGGAUUCAGUUACUUUUUGACGACCCAGUUAAGAGGUGUUGGUUCUGACACGUACUAUAGCAAAUUAGUCCGAGUGUGUCAUGAUGAUGAAAAUUAUUAUUCUUACACUGAAAUCCCUAUGUCAUGUACCGGAGAAGGCGGUGGCAACUAUGGAUAUAAUUUAGUACAAGCUGCGUUUGUCGGAAAAGCUGGAUCUGUAUUGGCUGGUGAACUAGGGAUAACUGCUCAACAUGACGUGCUGUUCGCUGCAUUUAGUCAGAGUGAAUCAAUCAAUACUAACACUCCUUCCGAUCUUUCUGCGCUCUGUGUUUAUUCCCUCAAAGCUAUUCGUCGUAAAUUCAUGCAGAAUAUAAAAACAUGCUUUAGUGGUAACGGAUCCAGAGGUCUUGACUUCAUAUCGCCGUCCCAUGCAUGUAUUGGAACAAAACUACAAUCCAUUAGUGAAGAUUUCUGCGGGCUAGAUGUGAACACGCCUCUGGGCGGCGAACAGCCUGUUGAAGCAGUACCAGUGGCAAUAUUCUCGAAGAGGCUAACAGCGGUUGCGGCGACGGCUACCGGCGAUUACACAGUUGUAUUUGCCGGCACCGCUCAAGGGCACCUCAAGAAGAUCGUCGUCGAGAGCGCUACCUCCGCGUUUGAAUACGGAGACAUCGUCGUCGAUGAGGGCUCUGCUGUCAACAAAGACUUGCAUUUCGAUACUCAAUUUAUGCAUUUAUAUGUAAUGACUGAACGUAAAGUGUCUAAAGUGAAAGUUCAAGAGUGUAGCGUAUAUAAAUCAUGCUUAACAUGUCUCGGAGCCAAAGACCCGUAUUGUGGAUGGUGUUCUUUAGAAAAUAAGUGUAGCUUACGAUCAGACUGUCAAGACGCAGCUAAAGAUCCACUAUAUUGGAUCUCGUACCGCAGCGGCCGUUGUACAACUAUUACUCAAGUAACACCUAAUCAAUUGCAACGAACGACUGCUAGGACAUUAGAUUUACUCAUCGAAAACUUGCCAACGCUCAAUGGACAAUUCUUAUGUGCAUAUACCGCCUUAGAUCGUACUCUCAUAACCAAUGCUACUAGGAAGCCUUAUGGCGUUAAUUGUACCACUCCGCGUACCGACACGUUGCCCUCGAUCCCCACCGGCCAGCAUCACUUUACGGCGAAAUUGUCGGUGCGCACUACUCAAGGUCCAGAUUUUGUUGCUACCAACUUUACAUUCUUUGACUGCAACACGUACAGCUCGUGCACGCAAUGCGUUAGCUCCUCUUUUCCUUGUGACUGGUGUGUCGACGGACACCGUUGUACGCAUGACACUGCUGAAAACUGCCGAAACGAUAUAUUAGUCACCGGAGUCAGUAGAAUUGGUCCCAGCUAUCGCUCAGGGCCCGGUUUCUGUCCCACUAUAAAUUCAACGUCAGACGGCACAAACGAGAUUUUAGUUCCAUCCGGUGUAAAGAAAGCUAUAAAAGUUAAAGUUCAUAUAAUAGGUCAAUUUAUCGUUCAGACAAGGUUCGUUUGUCAAUUCAAUAUAGAGGGGCGAGUGACUCAUGUAAACGCUCAACUUCUUGCUGACACGAUAUAUUGUGAAGCCGUUGAAUUUACUUACACAUCUCGUGCACCUAAUAUUACUGCUUCUUUCGCUGUUAUUUGGGGAGGAUCUAAGCCUUUAGAUAAUCCGGACAAUACGCACAUUCUUAUAUACCGUUGUAAUGAUAUGGCGGAUAACUGUGGUAUGUGUCUCGCACUCCCAGAGAAAUUUGGGUGUGGUUGGUGUCAAGGAUCAGAUAGAUGUGAAGUUCAAGAGCAGUGUGGCGCUCCCAGUGUAUGGCUAAAUCGAACUCAGACUUGUCCUAAUCCGGAAAUUCACUCUUUUCGUCCCCAAUUAGGUCCCUGGGAUGGAGGUACCAAUAUUACAAUUGAAGGUAUUAACUUAGGUCGCAAUAUCUCUGAUAUUUAUAACGGGGUAACUAUUGCGGGAAUUAAAUGUCAGCCCAUAAUUGAAUUAUACGUUAAAACAAAGCAAAUUGUUUGCACUGUAGACGGACCGGGUGAAGAAGUGCCUCGAGACGGCCCCGUGGUUGUCCGCGUCGCGGAUUAUCGCGGCGAGUCUAAGCAUCACUAUGCAUUCGUGAAUCCUAAAAUCAAUUCUAUCCAACCGAAAUAUGGUCCACAAUCUGGAGGGACAAAGCUUCGUAUUACGGGUGAAUAUCUCAACGCCGGUAGUAAUAUUCAAGCAUUUAUAGACGACUUGCCGUGCGCCAUACUGUCUGUAUCGCACGAAGAGGCCGUUUGUAGAACUAGCCAUUCGUAUCAAAUUAAAAUGGGAACGUUGCGGAUGCGUUUUGAUAACGGCAUGCGAACUUUAGAGCGAGAAAAGUUUGAAUAUAUGGAGGAUCCUAUUGUUGCGUCCGUUGAGUCCGGUCCUCCGCUAACGACGCAAAGAAAACAACCCAAGGGUAUCCCAUCCGGCGGGAUAAACAUCAAAGUGACCGGACAGAAUUUCCAUACAAUUCAAUUUCCACAGAUAUACGUAUAUCACGAUAACCGACCUUACAUCGCCCCUUGUAACAGAGUUGAUUACCAAUCACAUCUUAUUUGCGAAUCUCCGGGUAUAGAAAGUGCUGGGCUUAAUCUUGAUCCAGACCGACCCUUGGAAUUAGAGUACGGUUUUAAUAUGGAUGAUGUCCAGAGUGUGCAAAAUCUAACUAGCAAACGAGGCGAACCAUUCCUCCUAUACCCCGAUCCCAUUUACGAAAAAUUCGACGAAGACGUAAAAUAUUACAAGUCUGAAUAUUUAACUAUAAACGGCCAAAAUCUGGACAGAGCUUGCACUGAGCUUGAUGUUGAGGUUCACAUAGGAGAUAGUUUAUGUAACGUGACAUCGUUGUCACGACAUCAAUUGACAUGCCGUCCGCCAUCGCGAGAUGAACUUCCUGACGGCGUAGAUACACCCGAAGUUGUUGUCAGAGUCGGACGUGCCCUCACGUACAAGAUUGGCAAAUUAUCUUAUUCAUCGCAGGCUGGCCUGCAAGCCGCUAUAGGCAAGCCAGCUUUAAUAGGCAUCGGUGUCAGCGCCGGUAUACUCCUACUCAUAUUCUUCGGAUUUUUAGUUAUGUAUAGGAGAAAAUCAACUGAAAAUAUUAGGGUAUUAAAGAAUAUGCAAGAGCAAAUGGAUAUACUAGAGUUAAGGGUAGCUGCUGAAUGUAAAGAGGCGUUUGCAGAAUUGCAAACCGAAAUGACAGAUUUGACUGGAGAUGUGACUGGCGGUAUACCUUUCUUAGAUUACCGUACGUACGCUAUGAAAAUAUUGUUCCCAAACAUCGACGACCAUGCCGUCCUGCAAUGGGAGCGCCCAGAGCUUAUUAGAAAAGACAAAGGUCUUAGAAUGUUUGGGCAGUUAAUUAUGAACAAAACAUUCCUUCUAUUAUUUAUUCGUACUUUAGAAAGCAAUAGAUAUUUUUCAAUGCGCGAUCGUGUUAAUGUAGCUUCUCUUAUUAUGGUUACUCUUCAGAGUAAGAUGGAGUAUUGUACUGAUGUAUUAAAGACAUUAUUAGCCGAGUUAAUAGAAAAGUGUAUGGAAGGAAAGAAUCACCCCAAAUUGUUAUUGAGACGUACCGAGAGCGUCGCCGAGAAAAUGUUAAGCGCUUGGUUUACUUUCCUGUUGUAUAAAUUCCUUCGUGAAUGCGCCGGCGAACCCCUGUACCUGCUGUUUAGGUCGAUGAAAGGUCAAGUCGACAAAGGACCGGUAGACGCGAUUACUUCCGAAGCACGAUAUUCCCUGAGCGAGGAAAAGCUUAUUAGGCAGUCCAUAGAUUUCAAACCUAUGACCGUUAGCGUGUCGAUAUCCCAACAGACAUUAUUCGUUAGUGGUUUAGAGGCUACGACUGAAAAUGUUCAUGUUAAAGUUCUCGACUGUGAUACCAUAAGUCAAGUGAAAGAGAAGUGUUUAGACGCAAUUUACCGUGCAACACCGUACUCUCAGAGACCGAGUCGUGACGAUCUCGACUUGGAAUGGCGCACGGGUGCCUGCGGACGUUUGAUCCUCUACGAUGAGGACAGCACUACAAAAUGUGAAGGAGAAUGGCGCAAGCUCAAUACUCUCAAUCAUUACCGUGUACCGGACGGUGCUUGCCUUAGUCUCGUAGCCAAACAAAGUUCCGUUUACAAUCUGUCGAAUAUGGAGAAGAACGAUAAGUCCCAUACUUAUGAAACACUCAAUCGCGGUAAAUACGGUUCAGCAAGUCCACCAGCUAGCCCUCUCAAAUACGAACAUGGCGGUGGUUUCAAAUAUUGGCAUUUAGUGCGCCACCACGAUGAUGACGCACGCAAAGAGGGAGAGCGUGGCAAUAAAAUGGUCUCAGAAAUAUACCUCACCCGUCUUCUCGCCACCAAGGGCACUCUGCAAAAGUUUGUCGAUGAUUUAUUCGAGACUAUUUUUAGCACAGCGCACCGCGGCUCGGCGCUUCCUCUCGCAAUAAAGUACAUGUUUGACUUCCUCGACGAUCAGGCGUUGCAACACACAAUCUCCGAUCCGGAGGUGGUGCACACCUGGAAGAGCAAUUCCCUUCCACUACGUUUCUGGGUCAAUCUGAUUAAGAAUCCCAACUUCGUUUUUGAUGUUCAUAAGUCUAAUACGGUAGAUUCUUGCUUGUCAGUAAUCGCUCAAACUUUCAUGGACUCGUGCUCCACAUCCGACCAUAUUCUCGGUAAAGACUCGCCGUCGUCCAAGCUUCUGUACGCUAAAGACAUACCGGUAUACAAGGAGUGGGUGGAGCGUUAUUAUGCGGAUAUUAAGUUAAUGCCAGCGAUAUCCGAUCAGGAUAUGAACGCUAUGCUCGCGGAGGAGUCGCGUCUCCACACUAAAGAGUUCAACACUAACUGUGCGCUGAACGAGCUGUACGCGUAUGCAGAGAGGUACAACGAACAGCUAACGGUGACCCUCGAGGAGGACGAGUUCUCGCAGAAGCAGCGGCUCGCGUACCGCCUCGAGCAGGUGCACGGGCUGAUGUCGCAUGACUAUAACGUGUGAUCGCCCGUGUGGGACGCUCGUGACACCAACCCCACCGCCCUGUAUAUAAAGCCCCCGCACAUAUCUAUGCUGGCAAAUAUUGUAUAUAUUAGAUAGUGUACAGUCAUUAAUAUUGUAAUUUUUGUAUCAUUUCUGCGGUCCGAUGUCGUUUUUUAAUUUUAUAUAAUGAAAUUUGUAUUAAUUUUACACGACGAGCUCGGCCGGCCGCGGUCGUGCCACAGUAAGCAUCGUAAUAAAAAUUGUGUAUGUCUGUCUAUGUGUGCUCGCGUCGUACGAGUUAAUGUUACGUCGAUCGGUGUAAAAUGUGUGUCGCAAAAGAAAUCGCAUGUGAGCUCGCCGGCGAGCGAGGCCGUCGCUCGCCGACGAGUGGUUUUAAAAUUUGUACUCACUACUUAACGAAAUAUCCGACAGUGAUGCCCUGAACGAUUCCAAUAAAUAAAUAUCGUCGAAUAUAAA